UAAUGUCAAUUACUCCAUUUAUCAGUUAUUGAUUUAUAAGUAUGUAUAUACUACGCAUGUUACUAUAGUAACUCACAUUAAAUCCAUUUGAUCAUCAGAAGAUAUUGUACACCUAGUAGUACUGUGAAGUCUACUAGAAUUGGUGGUCUUGUAUUUUUAUUUAGUUGGUUUGUUAAAUAUUCUACAAUGUCUGAUAUACAAGUAGAAAAUCUAUCACCUCUUAAAUAUGAUUCAUCUACACCUAAUACAAUACAGGAUUCAAACAAACUAUCCAAGUCAUUUUGGUUAGGCAAAAACUCUGUACAGAUUCCAAAUGUUUUAGAUCCAGACGAUGCAUUGAUGAAAAGAUUUCAAAGUGCAUUAAAGGAACAUCUUCUUCGUCUAGCUAAUAAGCUUUCGGAAGAUAUACUUGAUCUUGAAGCAGCAUUAAAGUCUACUAAAAAGAAACAUGAGGAAGAAAGUCUACAGCUCUAUUAUGUACAACAAGAAAUUUCACAACAGCAAAAUACGAUUGAAAAAUAUCAAAACACGUUAAUGAAACUUAUAUCUUUACGAGAAGAGAAAGAUCAAAAAAUUAGUAAUAUAAAAGAAUUACAUAAAAAAGCACAGAAGAAGAUGCUGGAGGAAAAAGAAAAAGAAGAUAAACUUUCACAUGACUUACAAAAAAUGACUGUUUUACAAAAUCAAUUUGCUGAUUGGGAAAAAGAAAUAAAAAAAUGUUUAAUAAUUUCUAAGAAAACAUGUCAAAAAGAUGCAAUUCUUCAGCAGGAAUUAAUUACUGAGAAACAGAAAAGAGAUUGCAUUUUAUUUAAGCUUCGAGAAGAAGUAUGGAGAUUGGAAGAAGAAAUAACUAAUUUAAAUGAACAAGUACAACUUAAACUUAAGGAAAAAGUAGCAACAAGUCAAUUGGUUGCAGAUGCAAAUACAGAUUUAGAAGCUUUACAUAGGGAACAUACAAAUUUAUGCAAUGCAUGGAAUGCAGUUGUAUUAAAUAUUAGUAAACGUGAUAAAAUAUAUGAUCAAUUAAAAGAAGAACGGGAAAAAAUGCAGCAAUCUUUUAGCACAAUGCAAACAGAAAUAGAAAAACUAAAAAAAGAAACACUUAAAGAAUCAGAAAAUAAUGAAAAUUUAACAUCAUUGCAAUCAAGAGUAGAGGAUGAUAUAGCAAUUGUUUCAAAAAUGGUUACAACUGGCAAUGCAAGAAUCAAUAAUCUUGAAUCUGAAUUAAUCAAAAUUACUAAAUUUGGAGAACGAACUCUGAACGAAUAUAAUGUUGCACAUGCUGAAUAUCAAAGUUAUUUAAAUAAAGAAGAACAAAUCGAUAAAGAAUUAACAAGAUUAAUGAAUUGGAAAAUGGAACAAGAAAAUCUUAUUUUUGAAAAAUUAAAAGAAAAAGUUACACAUGAUAAAGCAGCACGUUAUCUAAACAAGCUCUUAAUGAGUACAAAGAAGAUGAUACAAGAACAGGAACUUUUAAUGGUUCAAAUAGAAAAUUCUUAUGGAAAGAAUUUAUUAGAGAUAGCAAGAUUAAACACCUCAAUAGAAAAUGAGAAAAUAGAGUCUCAAGAACUUAUGCAAAGAAAUAAGGAAAAAGAAAAAGAUAUAAGUGAUUUGCAGAAGGAAAUAAAGAAAUGUGAUACUAUAAUUGAAAGAAAACGAAUGAAAAUUAUUAGUUUAAACAAAAUGAUUGAGCAGAUUCUAGAAAGUAAAGGUGGUGAAGAAAACAGCCCACAAGACUUAAAAAUAAUUGCUUUAGAAAAGAAUAUUCAAGAAACCGAACAAAACAAUCAAAAAGCACAACAAUUUUGGCUACGCCAGCAAGGAUAUAUGGUUACAUUGAGUCAGCAAAGAGAUGAACAACUUCAGCAACUUAAUAUUCUUAAUAAGGAGGUUAUGAUAAUGGAGCAAAAAAAUGUGAAGAUACAAUAUCAGUUAGAGAAAUUUAAGAAGGAAGAUGCAAAUAUUGAUAAAACGAUAAAUUUAUUGCAUCAAAAACUAUUGCAAUUAAAUGUAAAUCUUACUGCUCAAAAGGAGCUUAGAGAAGAAUUAGAAGAUAAAAAUUGUAUCAAAAAGAAUGAAUAUUUGACGUCAUUGGAGAAUGCGGAGUUCGAUCUCGUAAAAUUACAAAGUGAUUUACAAGUAUUGAUAAAUGAGAAAGUAGUUCUAAACGAAGAAUUAAAUGCAGCACAACGAGAAAGUUUAUCUUGGGAGAAAAAAGUUCAGAUUAUGGAAGAAACGAAGAAAGAAAUAAAAAGCGAACAUAGUAGCGGUGGUGACAUAGCAUUAAUGAAGAGUGAAAUUCAUAAAAUGGAAAUGCGUCUUUCACAUUUAAAAAGAGCUCAAGAAAAGUUAAUUAAUGAUAUGGAAUUUUGUGUAGGGAGGAGAGAUGUUAUUUUAAAUAAAGUUAUGGGCAAAUUAAAAAGGGAUCCUAAGGAGCAACAAAAUCAGAAAAUAGUGUUCUCCAAACGUAUUAAAGAUCAGAAAUUACAAAUCAAACAAAUUUUAAAGGAAAUAAAACAAACAGAAUCUAAUAUAUUACAAUCGGAAGAAAAAAUGAAUGAAAUGCUAAAAGAAUUAGACGAAAAAAGACAAGCGCUAAAAGAGAUCGAAGAUAUUAUUCCUGACAUAGAUCAAGAAAUCAUGAAAAUGGACAUGCUUAAAAGUUAUAAAUUGAAGUCAUUAGUGUUUAAACAACGGAAAGUAAAGUUGCUUCAAGAUGUUAAAUCCGGUCGUUACAAAAUGCUGUUUAAAAAUGAAGCGUUACUGAACGACGAGUUGCAAAACGAACGAAUUCUCCAUAGUUAUUUGGUGCACGUGAUGGAACAAACGAAGCAGGAUUUUCCACUUCUGAAAAAUAGUAUACAUAAAAUAAUGUUAACAUUACAAAUAUUAUAAAAUAAAUCUCAUCAAAUGAAUGUAAUAAUUAAAAUUUUACUACAGA